AAGAAAUUGUAAUCAGAAAAGGAAAUGAUACGCGUAAACUCUGUUCCUCAUGCAUGGGUCAAAAAAGGGGGAAAAAAAAAGAAAAAGAAAAAGAAAGCCAGACAACCAGGAGAAGAAGUUGGCCGUACAAAGGCCAGUCAAUUCUUUUUUUGUUUUUAAAAAGUAGAGGUUCGAGGUAGCCAUGUCAGCUUUGUUUACCCACAACCCCCUUUAACUAUGCAAGAAAAGGGGAUUGCCCUCUAUUUUUAUGUAGAUAUAUAGGAAACUUCUCAUUAUUUUCACUAAGUAUAAAAUUUGUACUAUUUUUAAGUUUUCGAUUGGGGGUAAAAUUUUUUGAUGAUAGUGUAAAAACAUGAUAUUUUUGGGGUAAGAAUAUGAAAUUUUACAAGUGAAACACCCCCAAGCUUUCAGUCUUGACCAAUCAACACUACACUUGUGAGUUCAAUCGCAAAUUAGUUUUCAGACCCGCACAAUCACGCGCGUAUUGUUGCUCUCCUUUGCUGCAUUCUGCGGGAAGAAAAGAAUUCGAUAUGCUUUUGAAUGCAUAAAAUCUAUCGGAGAAAAUAAGGAGUCAUGAACAAUUCUUCCAGCAACCGAAUCUUGAUUCUCCUCUUUUCCCUUCUCCUGAUCAGCCCUUUGGCCUUGUCUUGGAAAAAAGACGAGUUCAGAAAUUGCGACCAGACACCAUUUUGCAAGCGGGCUCGCUCCAGGAAGCCCGGCGCGUGUAACCUAAUCGCCACCGGCGUUGCCAUUUCCGACGACGGGGACCUCACCGCCAAGCUCAUCCCAAGAACCCUAGAGAAUAAUGAAGCACAAGACCCUCCGAUUGAGAAGGAUAACAGUAAGCCUUUACUCCUCACUAUCUCUGUUUAUCAAGAUGGGAUUUUUAGGUUUAAAAUUGAUGAAGAUCCUUCCUUGAAUCCACCUAAGAAGAGAUUUGAGGUUCCGGAUGUCAUUAUUGAUGAAUUUUCUAGCAAGAAAUUAUAUUUACAGAGACUGAGUGAAGAAAAGAUUGAUAACGAUUCGGAAUACUCAUCCGUGGUUUAUUUAGAUGAUGAUUAUGAAGGAGUGUUGAGACAUGAUCCGUUUGAGGUUUUCGUGAGGGAUAGAGUUAGUAAAAAGAGGGUUUUGUCUGUAAACUCAAAUGGGUUGUUUGAUUUUGAGCAGUUAAGGGAGAAAACUGAAGGGGAAGAUUGGCAGGAAAGGUUUAGAAGCCAUACUGAUUCGCGGCCAUAUGGUCCGCAAUCAAUAAGUUUUGAUGUGUCAUUUUUUGGGGCUGACUUUGUAUCUGGGAUCCCUGAGCAUGCUACAAGUCUGGCAUUAAAGCCUACCAGAGGCCCUGGUGUGGAGGAUGGUUUUUCUGAGCCCUACCGGCUUUUUAAUCUUGAUGUUUUUGAGUACCUUCAUGAAUCUCCUUUCGGCUUGUAUGGAUCAAUCCCAUUCAUGAUUUCUCAUGGUAAGUCCAGGGGAACCUCAGGGUUUUUCUGGUUGAAUGCUGCUGAAAUGCAGAUUGAUGUGUUUGGUUCUGGGUGGAAUGCUGGAGAAGAUAAGAUCAUGUUGCCAGUGGAUGAGCAUAGGAUUGAUACAUUGUGGAUGAGCGAGGCUGGUGUUGUGGACGCGUUCUUUUUUGUAGGUCCAGGGCCUAAAGAUGUAGUUAAACAGUACACUAGUGUGACUGGAAGACCAGCCAUGCCACAGUUGUUUGCAACUGCAUAUCAUCAAUGCAGAUGGAAUUAUAGAGAUGAAGAGGAUGUUUUCGGAGUUGAUUCAAAGUUUGAUGAACAUGAUAUUCCAUAUGAUGUACUAUGGCUUGAUAUCGAGCACACAGAUGGGAAGAGAUACUUCACUUGGGACAAGAUCCUAUUCCCUAAUCCAGCAGAAAUGCAGAAUAAGUUGGCUGCAAAGGGUAGGCAUAUGGUCACAAUUGUAGAUCCACAUAUUAAGAGGGAUGAUGCUUAUCAUAUACACAAGGAGGCUUCAGAUAAUGGUUAUUAUGUCAAGGAGGCUAAUGGUAAGGACUUUGAUGGAUGGUGUUGGCCUGGUUCAUCGUCGUAUGUUGAUGUGGUCAAUCCAGAAAUUAGGUCCUGGUGGGCUGAUAAGUUUUCUUAUGAUCAAUAUGUGGGCUCCACUCCAUCUUUAUACAUAUGGAAUGACAUGAACGAACCUUCUGUUUUUAAUGGUCCAGAGGUGAGUAUGCCCAGAGAUGCUUUGCAUUAUGGAAACGUUGAGCACAGAGAGUUACAUAAUGCUUAUGGAUAUUAUUUCCACAUGGCUUCGUCGAAUGGCCUUCUCAAGCGAGGAAAUGGAAAUGACAGGCCUUUUGUGUUGUCAAGAGCCUUCUUUCCUGGAAGCCAGAGAUAUGGAGCUAUAUGGACUGGCGACAAUACAGCCGAUUGGGAUCACCUGAGGGUUUCAAUUCCUAUGGUUUUGACGCUUGGUCUUACUGGAAUAAUAUUCUCUGGUGCUGAUGUUGGUGGAUUUUUUGGAAACCCCGAGCCAGAGCUGUUAGUACGUUGGUAUCAAGUGGGUGCUUACUACCCAUUUUUCAGGGCCCAUGCACAUCAAGACACCAAAAGGAGAGAGCCAUGGUUGUUUGGAGAUCGGAAUACCGAACUGAUCCGUGAGGCUAUACAUACCCGCUAUAUGUAUCUUCCUUAUUACUACACAUUAUUUAGGGAGGCAAACUUGACUGGCACUCCUGUUUUACGUCCACUCUGGAUGGAAUUUCCUUCUGAUGAAGAAACUUUCAGCAAUGAUGAGGCUUUCAUGGUUGGGAACAGUCUGUUGGUGCAAGGAAUUUACACUGAGCGGGCUAAAAAAGUGUCUGUCUAUCUUCCUGGAGAAGAAUCUUGGUACGACGCGAGAACUGGAACUACUUAUAAGGGUGGUAAGAGAUACAAGCUUGAUGCCACUGAAGAGAGCAUUCCAGCCUUUCAAAGGGCUGGAACUAUCAUUCCAAGAAAAGAUCGGUUCCGUAGGAGCUCUACCCAAAUGGAGAACGAUCCUUAUACACUGGUUAUUACCCUUAAUAGCUCAAAAGAAGCUGAAGGUGAGCUUUAUAUUGAUGAUGGGAAGAGCUUUGAAUUCCAGCAGGGAGCCUAUGUUCAUCGCCGCUUCACAUUUUCAUCCGGUAAACUUACAUCUUCAAGUUUGAGCCAUUCGGCUGCAACUAACACUGCUGUCAAAUCUUCUACUGUGCUGCCCGGUUCCACCGUGGAGAGGAUCAUAUUAUUAGGACUACCCUCUUCAGCAAAAUCUGCAGUUGUCGAACCCGGAAAACAGAAGGUGGAAAUCGAACUAGGGCCACUUACGAUGAGACGCGGUCAGACGCAUAUGUAUCCAACCAUCCGCAAGCCGAAUGUUCGGAUCACAGAUGAUUGGACAAUUCAAAUCUUGUAAUGCUUCUUUGGUUGAAUUUUGAAGUGUUUGGCAUUUUCCCGUCAGUUGUAAGGCUAAAAGUAACAGGAUUCAUCAAAUCAUAGUUUAGAACAGAGAAGAAUUUUGAAUCCAAUUAUGUCCUCUUUGGGAUAAACUCGAUCACGAUAGUUAAUCUAAAAGUAACCUUAGACCAUCUUACUCUAUCUUUCUACUUUUGCAAGGUAAAUCAUUAGUCAUCCCGUUAUUCAUAUUUGUUGUAUCGUUUUAGCUCAACAAGUACUGUGUCUUGCAUUUCGAUGAUAAAG